GCGGAGCAUAAACAAAGACAAGAAUUGACAGGUCCAAUAAUUGGCUAUGGCAUAACCAAUUCAACCCCUUAACUUCUCACAAUAUGGCCAUAAUUGUUAUGAUUUUCACUCUGUUUAUAUUAUCAUUAACAGCAAUGAAUAUGAUUAAAUCUGAAACAUGUACAUCUACUAACAAGGGACCUGUAAUUCCAACAACCCCUUUAGUUAUUUUUCUUGAAAAAGUUCAAGAAGCUGCUCUUCAAUCCUAUGGCUACAAAGGGUUUGAUGCAAAACUAUAUGUUGACAUGUCACUUAAACAGAAUCUUUCAGCAACAGUUGAAGCUUUUAAUAAGCUUCCAAGAACUGUGAAUGGUUCAAUUCCAACACAUGAUUUGGAUGUGUUUAUAGGCAAAUAUUUGAAUGGUGCAGAUGAGGAUUUGGUUUAUGUUGAGCCAGUGGAUUUUGUUGCUGAGCCUGAAGUUUUUUUGCCAAAGGUGAAGAAUUCUGAAGUGAGGGCUUGGGCAUUGGAAGUGCAUUCACUUUGGAAGAAUUUAAGUAGGAAAGUUUCUGAUCAUGUAUUGGAAAAUCCAGAGUUGUAUACUUUAAUUCCAUUGAAAAAUCCAGUUAUUAUAGCAGGAUCGCGUUACAGAGAGGUUUAUUACUGGGAUUCUUACUGGAUAAUAAGGGGCUUGUUAGCAAGCAAGAUGUAUGAAACUGCAAAAGGGAUUGUGAGUAAUCUGGUUUCUCUGAUAGAUCAAUUCGGUUAUGUUCUUAAUGGUGCACGAGCAUACUACAGUAAUAGAAGUCAGCCUCCUCUCCUGGCUGCAAUGAUUGUUGAAAUAUACAACCGGACAGGCGAUUUGGACUUGGUUAGAAGAUCUCUUCCUGCUUUGCUCAAAGAGUAUCAUUUUUGGAAUUCAGGAAUCCAUAAAGUGACUAUUCAAGAUGCUCAGGGAUCGAACCAUAGUUUGAGUCGAUACUAUGCUAUGUGGAAUGAACCCCGGCCAGAAUCAUCAACUAUUGACAGUAAAACAGCUUCCAAACUCCCAAAUAUCUGUGAGAAAAGACAAUUUUACCGUGAGUUGGCGUCAGCUGCUGAAAGUGGAUGGGAUUUCAGUUCAAGAUGGAUGAGGAAUGAACCUGAUCUCACAACAACUAGUACAACAUCAAUUCUACCAGUUGAUCUGAAUGCAUUCCUUCUGAAGAUGGAACUUGACGUAGCCUUUUUAGCAAAUCUUGUUGGAGAUACUAGCAUCGUUGCACGAUUUACAGAAGCUUCUCAAAAUAGACAAAGGGCCAUCAACUGUAUCUUUUGGAACGCGGAGAUGGGGCAAUGGCUUGAUUACUGGCUUGGCAAUAGUUACACAUCCGAGGAUAUUUAUAAAUGGGAAGAUAUACACCAGAACAAGAAGUCAUUUGCCUCUAACUUUGUUCCUUUGUGGAUUGAAUUAUUCAAUUCAGAUGAUAUCACAACUCGAAAAGUUGUUCAAAGUCUCGAGAACUCGGGCCUGCUUCAACCUGCAGGGAUUGCAGGGACCUUGUCUAAUACUGGACAACAAUGGGAUUUUCCAAAUGGUUGGCCCCCCAUUCAACACAUGAUCAUUGAAGGUCUCGCGAGGUCUGGGCUAGAAGAGGCAAGAGCCUUAGCUAAAGACAUUGUUAUCCGAUGGAUAAGAACGAACUAUGUAGCUUACAAGAAAACCGGAGCAAUGUAUGAAAAAUAUGAUGUGACAAAAUGUGGAGCAUACGGAGGUGGUGGUGUAUAUGUAGCCCAAACAGGUUUUGGAUGGGCGAAUGGCGUUGUACUGGCACUUCUGGAGGAAUUUGGAUGGCCUGAAGACUUGAAGAUUGAUACUACUGAGCAGGCAGAGUAACCAUUCGAGCUGACGAAAUUAGAAAUAUUAUCCGUGAAGAUGUUGAACAAUAUAACGGAGAAGUAAAGAUUGUAAAUAUUGGCAAUGUACUUCGCGAUGGUGUUGCUCGUAUUCACGGUCUUGAUGAAGUAAUGGUGAGUGAAUUAGGAGAAGUUGAAGAGGGGACAAUAAACAUUGCUCUGAAUUUGGAAUCAAAUAAUGUUGGUGUUGUAUUAAUAGGCGAACAACUUCAAAUUAAAGUGAAAUUAGAUGAUUCUAUGCUUUAAUAGAUGAACAAAAGUUAUUCUUAUA